ACGGAAGCAGACGCUGCAGUGAAAAGGGAAAUACGUCACAGCACACAUUUUUCGCGCGAUUCCUUUCUUCACUCCUGCACCGGAGAACAAGUUUCACAGCAUACACAAGUUUAAAACUGUAAAAAACUUAUUUAAAAAAAAUGUCGGGUGUGUUCGAGUCUCCGAAAACCAGGAUAAACGUGUCGAUGCUCUCUCAGUACGUCAGCAAACCCGUGUGUUUCACUGGGCGCGUGCAGAAGGUCCAUCCAAGUGGCAAAUCAUUCACAAUGACAGACGGAGAGGGAAAGAGCGCAUCCGUGGAACUUAACAAUCCACUGGAAGAAGAGCUGAGCGGAAUAGUGGAAGUCAUCGGAAUGGUCUCGAAUAAAGGGACCAUCAUGGCUGCGGCGUACAACGUCUUCCGGGAGGAGAAAGGAAUUUCAUUUGAUUUGGAGCUGUAUAACGAGGCCCUAAAAGUCCUUCACGAUUUCCCUCAGUAUUACCCGUUCGAGGUGUCGUCAAGCCGAUAAAGCAGAUCAACACCCUGCAUUGUGUGUUUCUGUGUUUUGUGUUUCCCCCCUCGUUUAUCGUGUCCCCACUUAUCGUUCCCUUGUAAAUAAUCCAAAGCAGCUGAUCGCCAAAAGCUGGCGAUUUUUGUUACUUAAAGAAAUAAAAAGUCUUUUCGAGGA